AGUACUAAUGCCUUAAAAAGUUAAGGAAUCAUUCAAAUUAAAAUUUAAAUAUUGCAAGAUGUUUUUUCGAAAACGGAUAUAAAUCAGAACUUUCAAUGGUAUGGCCGGCCGUAUUCUGGAGUAUGACCCAAAAACGGUACUCAUUUUUGUAAAAUUCAUAAAAGCAAGGAAGUUAAACGACACGUUUUCCCAACCUAUAGGAGAGGGUAUUUAAAUAGAAGAAUAACUAACGGACAUACCACAGGAGAGGAACAUGUUCCAGAGUAAGAAAAAACCAAUAGAGAAGAUGCAAAGUCCUAUUUUCUCCUUUUGUUUUCUUCUUCUCCUUUUCAAUUUAGAGAAGAUGCAAAGUGCAGACCUGGAUAUGGGCAAUAUAGCAGAAAGAUGGAGGUUUCUUAGUGGGAAUAACAGUUGGGAAGGCUUAUUAGAUCCAUUAGACAAUGAUCUUCGCCGAUACAUCAUUCACUAUGGAGGAAUGGCACAAGCAACUCGAGACGCCUUUAACACCAACAAAAUAUCAAAGUAUGCAGGAAGUUGCAGAUACUCAAAAAAGAACCUCUUAUCUCAAGUUGGGAUUGAGAUGUCCAAUCCUUUCAAAUAUGAGGUGACCAAAUAUAUUUACGCGACAUCAUCUGUCCAAGUUCCAGAAGCAUUGAUCAUAAAAUCUUUGUCAAGGGAAGCUUGGAGCAAGGAGUCAAAUUGGGUUGGUUUUGUUGCUGUUGCUACUGAUGAAGGGGAAGUCGCAUUAGGAAGGAGGGAUAUAGUAAUUUCUUGGAGAGGAAGUGUACAGACUAUGGAAUGGUUUAACGAUUUUGAUUUUAUUCAAGUCUCUGCCCCUGAAAUCUUUGGUCAUCAAAAAUCUAUUCCUAAAGUUCAUCACGGUUGGUAUUCCGUUUAUACUUCUAAUGAUUCACGAUCACCAUUCAGUAAGGCUAGUGCAAGAAACCAGGUGCUCGGUGAAGUUCAAAGAUUGGUAGAGCAAUACAAGAAUGAGGAAAUUACCAUAACAGUAACAGGGCAUAGCAUGGGAGCAGCAGUCGCGACAUUAAAUGCAGUGGAUAUGGUUUUCAAUGGAUUUAACAAGGGCUUUCCAGUAACUGCAUUUCUAUUUGCAAGUCCUAGGGUGGGAGAUGAAAAUUUGAAGAAAACAUUCUCCAAACUCGAAAAUCUUCGAACUCUAAGAGUCCGAAAUGCCCCAGAUAUAGUUCCAAACUACCCAUUGCUUGGUUACUCUGAUGUUGGUGUUCAAUUAGACAUUGAUACUACGAAGUCGACCUAUCUAAAAAGUCCAGGAGAUGAGAGCAGUUGGCAUAAUAUGGACUGUUACUUGCACGGAGUGGCUGGAACGCAAGGAUCAAAAGGAGGAUUUAAGCUACAAGUGCAACACGAUAUUUCUGUUGUUAACAAGUAUUUAGGCGCGUUAAAAGAUGAAUAUGGUGUACCAGCAUCGUGGUGGGUUGAGAAGAACAAAGGGAUGGUUCAACAGCAAGAUGGAUCUUGGAUUCUAAUGGAUCAUGAAGAUGAUGAUCUUUAGUUCUUUUUCAAGGAAAAAUAGAAGCCAAUAUAAGAGAUUUUGAUUUUAUUUCGUCCUUAUUUGUAUCAACAUAGCCUUAGCUUGUUAAGAUAAAAAAAACAAAAAAAAUCGAGGUACAUUUAAUAUUAGGAAUGAAAGUUACUCGUGCGUCCACAGCCUUAGCUUGCUUCGACGAACGGAUAAUGGACAUAUAUUUAUUGGAGAAUGAAAAAAUUUGUAAAA